GAAAAACCGGAGAGCAAUUUGUUCCUGAACGCCCUAAGUAGCCGCUCAGCUAGCGGAGAGCUCACUCCAAGCCAAGGUAUUCUAAUGGCGAUUCGCGCCUUUUCGAGAUCCAGAAUCCCGCGAGCUGCGACGGCUUUCCUCUUCCAGAAGUUGCCGUGUAAUUUGACGAAACAGACCCCGUCGUCUUUAGAAUCUCUAGUUCCAUCGUUAUACUUGAAUGCUACUACCAAUUCACUUUCCGGGUUCAGGCAAUACCACGACGGGAGACCUAGAGGCCCUCUCUGGAGAGGCAAGAAGCUGAUUGGGAAAGAGGCGCUCUUUGUGAUUAUAGGAUUAAAGCGGUUUAAGGACGACGAAGAAAAGAUCGACAAGUUCAUUAAAUCGCAUGUUAACAGGCUGCUGAAACUGGACAUGGUUGCUGUCGUAUGCGAGCUUGAGCGCCAGGAAGAAGUCUCUCUAGCGGUCAAGAUAUUUCAAGUAAUACAGAAGCAAGACUGGUACAAGCCUGAUCGGUUUAUCUACAAGGACCUGAUAAUUGCAUUAACGAAAGGCAAUAAGAUGGAUGAAGCAAUGCGGCUGUGGCAGUCUAUGAGGGACGAGGGUCUGUUUCCUGAUUCUCAAAUGUACACUGAGGUUAUCAGGGGUUUCUUGAGGGAUGGAUCCCCUGCUGAUGCAAUGAACAUCUACGAAGACAUGAAGCAAUCACCGGAUCCCCCGGAGGAGUUGCCCUUCAGAAUCUUAUUGAAGGGCCUUCUGCCACAUCCACUCUUGAGGAAUAGAGUGAAGCAAGAUUACGAAGAGCUCUUUCCUGAAAAGAAUGUUUAUGAUCCUCCAGAAGAGAUAUUUGGCAUCCGCUAAGGCAAUGUUCAUUUGCUACUCUGUGACCUGAUUUCUUUCAAUCAUGUUGAUGAAUUAGAUUAGGGGGUUUGAGAACUAUUCGAGCUUAGCAUGCCUAAAGAUCAAGGUUCUGAAAUUCCGGUCAUUUACUGAUAAGACUAGGCGCUUCAUUUAUCAUUGUCAACUUGUGACUAGAUACCCAGUUUUCCACAGCACGGAUAUCAGGAGGAUACUAGUUUGUUCCAGACAAAACAAGUCCUCCACUUUCUUCUGGCUUUCAGAGCAUGCGGCUACUGCUUUCUCUAUCGCAGUCCUAUAUGGAGAAGAAAUCCAUAAAUCCUUUCAAGGAUGUGGGUUGAUUGACUUGUCAAAACUUGAACUCCUACUGUAUUCGAACUGGAUGAUUAGGGGUUAUGGUGUAAGGCCGAUAUGAAGGUCAUCAUUCUACAUAAAUUUAUUGUGAACACUUUAUGAAAUGGGUCACCUUUCUUAGCUUUCGCUGUUAUAUACGUCAGUCGCUUGUUAAUCUUUCCUCCGAUGACCGGAUGCCUCCGUGGGGGAGGCCGGCCAGCAAGGAGGGCGCUACUGUGCUAGUGCUUUGAAAAUAUAUCAUUGGGUUGAUGAAAUUGGAG